AUCCCAUAUGGCAAGUUUAAGGUAAGUAAACUGAUAGGACACCAUGGAUUUUCAACGGUAUUAUCUGCUAUCUGGAUUGAUGAAGAAGAAACCGCCGAUAAACCUGUUGUAAUUAAGUUAUUAAAUAAUUUACAAAAUCAUGAAGAAUUUAUCAAAGAGGCAAUAUUGCUGUAUAUUUGA